GGCAUACUUUUAUAACAUUUGGUGCUGAUAAAUUGUUGCUGACACGUCCUUUAGUAAUUCUAGUUCUCGCGACCUUGACCUAAAUAAACUCUGGCUGCAUACAACAACAUCAGAUCGUCAUGUCAACACACAUUUCAAACAAGCAGAAGACUUUCGAGUAGGUGCAAUGUCAUCCAAUAUACCAGCUCCUCCUGCACCCGUACUUCCAAAGCCAUCUACUCCCGGGUGUUACAAUGAAGUCACCUCCACCGCCCAACUAAAAUCAAAACACAAAAGUAGCUCAUAUUAUGAACCUAGCGCAGAACAGGAAUUGGUAGAUACAAGGAACAGACUAUGGGAUCUCGAAGGCUGGAAAGAAUCACCACUUUUGACGGUCUAUCAGUAUCUUCCUUCGAUUCUCCAGGAGGGUCCUCAGUGUGGACUUGUGGCCUUAGCCAUGGCAUCAGCAAUAACUCAAUCGUCUGUAUCAGUCCAAGCUCUCCUGAAUGAAGCGCAAUCAAGAGGUUUUUCAUAUCAGGGGGAGAUGUUUAGUGUUGAUGAUAUGGCAAGUCUCGCUCUAGCCGUUCUACCUGAGGUGUCAGUAAAAAUCAUAGCAGGCCUACAAGACAACAGAGAUGCUGUUGUUCAUAGCCUUGCACAAGGUGCUAUUCUUCUAGUUCCGUAUGAUGCUGACAGAAAUCAUGAGCCUUGCUGCCGAAAGGGUCACAAGGCUCACUGGGCUGCUGUGUGUGGAGCAUUAGUGUGUUCAAACAGGUGUUUGUUGGCUGCAAGACAAGGAAAGUCCCGAAGGUUAAUGCUUUGGGAUUAUGGGCUACUGGCCGAAUCAAACAACAAUCUGGUUGAGUUUAGCCCAGAAAGAGGAGAAGACAGCAGUAAAUAUCUUUUGCCAUCUGGUGGUGUAAGAGCUGGAUUAUGUGGACGUGCAUUAAUUAUUCAACAAUGUUAGAUCUAUCACUGCGUAUGCUCUGCAAUUCAAGCAUUACAUGCUCAGUGGAUCUAGUAUUUUUGCACUUUGAUUGCUAUUGUCUCAUUUUUGAGCACAUUUUUAUUUUGAAAAUAUUAUCUAUUUCUAUUAUAGAUAUUACCAGCUCCUUUUUCUAAGGUUUUGUGUGUCAGAAUGGUUUGUAUUGGGAUGUAUGUUUAGUAACUCGAUUUGGUUUCAUUUAUGUCAUAUUAUUUUCUGUGAUAAUGACAAAGAAUACCUGUGAUACGUGUUAGGAAUCCAUAGAUAUUAUGUGAUAAUUUACCAUUUCAUAUUACACUCUAAAUGGAUGUUGUGAAAAUCAUAACUUGAUGCCAUUAUCUAUUUAAGUUCUAGUUUGAUAGAACCAAACUUGUGAUAAGUUGUAACCUACAGCAACUACCUAUGUAGUAUUAGUUUAAAAGCAACACAAGUUUUUGUUUUAAGCUUUUCAAUGUUUGUUGGAAUUCACUGAAGUGUUUGCCAUUUAUAUCUGCAAGUAAGCUGUGAGCCAUGAAAUGAGAGUUAUUACUUCUACUUUAUUGAGUUCCUGUGCUGCUUUGUAACGAAGCUUUUAUUUUUUUAAUUGUCUAGAGUUUUACAGCUGUCCCUGACUUUGUCCUCUUUUUUAUUGAAGAAUGGGUACUUCAAUAAUAAUAAAAAAAAGAUGAGGAAGUGGGACAAUAUUUUUGCUUAUUCUUUACAGGUAACUAAUAUUUUCUUCUCCAGUGCCACAUGUAUGGUCAAUUUUCUUACCUAUAUUUGUAGUUCAAUGAAUGUUUAGUGCCUCUGAUCUAACUGUAUGUACAAACAAUUAUGUUAUUGGACCAAGUGUAUGCCAUAAGAAAAAAACUACUCUUGCUAGUUUUCAGCUUUAUUAAUCAUUUUGUCAGCCAGAAAUUUUUGGAAGUAUGUUUUCUUUAUCAUGUGAAUCACAUGUGUCUCUUCGCCUGCGGAUUUGACAAGAAUGAUCAAAUUUUGCUAGUAUUGAAAAAACUUUCUUAGGAAAGAAUUUUGUGUCUGAAGAGUUUCUCGGUCAUUGUGAGGAGUGUGUUUCAAAUUUUGCACAAAAAGAAAUAAAAAUGUACUUAAAUGAA